ACUAGCCUGCCAUAGCAGGAAGGAGGGAGAGGGCUGGUAGGGUACCAGUCUCAGGUCAGACCCCUAGUUCCCAGAAUCCCCAAGUCACCCGGACUGUCCUCGGGGCCAUGAUGCAGCCAAGACUCUGGGCGACUUCCAGUUGAGGCGGCGGCGUCGCCGCGGCUACACCGGCUGCAUGCGGUUUGGCCGGAGAGGAUGCAGCCUGCACCUGCAAACAUCCCGAGCGGCCACCGCUGCAGCAGCCGCAAGCACAGAGCGACCCGAGGACGCGGCUCCAACGGCUGGUAAAUCUUUCCCUAUAGGGCGACUGAGGAAAAGGCAGCCGAAAAAAAGGACUUGCCAAGAUCUUGGUUUAGUUCGUUAUUUAGAGAGAAUUCGUUUUUGAAAAUGCCUUGCGCAUGUAAUCGGAAUAACUGGAGGAAAUGGAUUCGACCUCUGUUGAUACUCCUUUAUGCAUUGGCCAUCCUGAUCACCGUACCCAUUUGUAUUUGGGAAUUUCAAAAAUUGAAGGUUGGGAUUCACACAAAAGUGUGGUUUAUUGCUGGAAUAUUUCUACUUUUGACGAUACCUGUAUCCAUGUGCGGAAUUCUUCAACAUCUAGUGCAUUAUACCCAACCCGAGCUGCAGAAACCUAUAAUAAGGAUCCUUUGGAUGGUCCCAAUCUACAGUUUGGAUAGUUGGGUGGCUUUGAAAUAUCCUAAAAUUGCAAUAUACGUGGAUACCUGGAGAGAAUGUUACGAAGCUUAUGUAAUCUAUAACUUUAUGAUAUUCCUUACCAACUACCUGACGAUCCGAUUUCCAAACUUGAUGCUACACCUGGAAGCUAAAGAUCAACAAAACCAUCUCCCUCCAUUAUGCUGCUGUCCACCGUGGGCGAUGGGAGAAAUGCUGCUCUUCAGGUGCAAGCUGGGAGUGCUGCAAUACACUGUCGUCAGACCGAUCACCACAGUCACCUCGUUAGUAUGUGAAAUUCUCGGAGUAUAUGAUGAGGGAAAUUUCAGUUUCUCCAAUGCAUGGACAUACCUGGUUAUAUUAAACAAUUUGUCACAACUGUUUGCCAUGUACUGCCUACUGCUGUUCUACAAAGUCUUAAAGGAGGAGCUCAGCCCUAUACAACCUGUUGGCAAGUUUCUCUGUGUGAAGCUCGUGGUCUUCGUCUCCUUUUGGCAAGCAGUACUUAUUGCUUUGUUGGUUAAAGUGGGCGUUAUUUCAGAAAAGCGUACCUGGGAAUGGCAAAGCGCCGAAGCUGUGGCCACAGGCUUGCAGGAUUUCAUAAUCUGCAUCGAAAUGUUCUUUGCGGCAAUUGCCCAUCAUUAUACGUUCUCCUAUAAACCCUAUGUGCAUGAAGCAGAGGAAGGCCCCUGCUUUGACUCCUUCCUCGCUAUGUGGGAUGUGUCUGACAUCAGAGAAGAUAUUUCUGAACAAGUAAGGCGUGUCGGGAGGACAAUGCGAGGUUACCCAAAGAAGAAAUGUUUCCCUGGAGACCCGGAUCAUAAUGAACAUUCCAGCCUACUCUCAGCAUCUUCACAAGACUCUUCCAAGCCAUCCUCACCAGUGGGCCUGUACCAAGGAUUUGGACACACCAUUACUUCACAGAGCCCAAUUUCAAUAGCCAACCUAUAUGAAGAGAUCCUGAAUGACAUCCCAGAAGAACAACAAAAGUUUGAUACAGACCAAGAUAUCACUAUUGACAUCCCAGAAGAGCAGCCGAAGCCUGAUACAGGCCAAGAUGUCAUUCAUCUUCCUUAUAAACAGGAACUUCCUUAUAAAAACCACUAUCAAGACCGCAUACAAAGAAUUACAUCACGGUAUUUACUUUCUUCACCAAAGCCAUCUGAAGAUACUAUAAUUGACUUCUCAGACUCGCCGGAGGCUUCGGACUCAUCCACAGAUUCUUAA